AACACUGCAACGUUGUUGACGUGUUUGUAAUCGCUCUGCGGAAAAUUUUUAAAAAACAGCCGAAUUGUUGGGAUUUUUACCAGCGUUAGAGCCAGUGACUUAAAUAGCGAAGUGCUAAUAAACUGUGCUAUUUGCAAGCACAAAAAUUUGUUUCAAUUUGAUUAAACAAACAAAUAAAUAUAGCUAGAGACAUAAAAGUGCAGUGAGGUGACAAAAACAAUAAGGCGCGAAAAUGGAUAAAUGCCAUAAGUGCAAGAAUCCAAUUCGCGGUGACAGCGGAAUCCGCUGUGAUGGUGUGUGUGGUAAAGUGUGGCACUGGGCAAAAAAAUGCUCUGAAUUGGAUGAGUACAGUGCGAAUGUACUCAAAGAAAACAACUUUGUGCGCUUUAUGUGUAACCAAUGUCACACAUACAUGCAUAAUAUCGAUGAGGUGCUCCGAAAUAUGAACUUAACAAUAGAGAAAAAUAGUCAAAAGAUCCAAGAGUGUAAUGAUGACUUCCAGGAGUCGCAGAAAAUGCAAGUGAAAGAGCUUAAACUUCUCUUGCAAUCAAUAGAGAAAAAAUUUGGGGAACGCAUUGAUGCAAUGCAAAGAGUACAAAAAACCUGUGAGGCGAGUAUUCUCGAAGUGAACCAAAUUAAGUCAAUAGCUGACGGCGUAAAAAAGCAAAGCCAUGAUCUUUGCGAAGCCAUAGUGCGCAAUGAAAAUGAGAACAAAAAAAUUUGUGAAGAGAUAAAGAAAUCGGUGACUGCUGACGCGUUAGCAGGUCAGCGGGCGAAAGCCACUUACGCGGAUCUCUUUAAAGGUAAUACUGCGAAAGAUAAUAGGCCGCCGAAAGUAAAUAAAGAGAAGCCAUUAGUUCUACAACCAAAAGAGAAGCAGGAAGUGGGAAAAACAAAAGAAGAUUUGAACAAAAAUGUUGACCCCUCGGGCUUGAAAAUUAAUAGUGUACAGGGGAGGAAAAGUGGGGCUGUAGUAAUACAAACAGAAAAUGAGGCUGAGCGUGAAAAAAUCAAAAAGGCAAUAGAGAAUAAAAUGAGUGAUAGAUAUGAAAUAAAAAUCCCAAACGUAGCCAAGCCAAGGUUCAUGGUAUAUAGAAUGAGCUUUAAACAUGAGGAUGAGCAGCUCAGGGAUAUGAUAAAAAAACAGAAUGAAUGCUUCAAAAAUGGUAAUUUCAAAAUUUUGAAAUGUUUUGAAACAAAAAGAGGAAAUGCAAAACAUUAUAAUGCGUUAGUAGAAACAGAUGUAGAUGCGUUUGCAUCCGUGCUGGCAAGCGAAAAAAUAAACAUAGGUUGGGAAAAAUGUAGAGUCAAAGAUGGAAUGGAUGUUACUUUCUGUUUCAAAUGCAAGGGAUUUAACCACAUAGCUGCGAAAUGUAAAGCCAAUGAGGUAUGUUUCAAGUGCCUAGAUAACCACAAAACUGUGGAAUGUUCUAAGGAAACAUUAAACAAAUGCAUAAACUGCAUUCGUGCUAAUAAAAAAUUUAACUUAGGGCUUGAUGAAAAUCAUAUGACAUUUAACCGACAGUGUCCUGUAUACCAGAAAAAGCUCGAGCAUAAAAGAAAUACUGUAAAUUACUAACAAUUACAGCAAGUUUGUGGGGACCCUAGCGUUGAGUUUACGUCUCACCCAGGUGUAAAGAAAGCGCUACCCAAAUAUUUGCAAUGCGUAUAUCUCAAUAUACAGAGUUUAGUGGCUAAUAAAGUUGAGCUAGAAAUACUUAUAGAUUUUACCGACCCGGAUCUACUUUUGUGUUCCGAAACAUGCCUAACUGAUGACAUAGAGGAUACGGAAAUAAUGUUCCCGGCGUAUCAGAUGAUACGCUGCGACUCACACAGUAGACACACAGGGGGAGUGAUAAUACUCGUUCGAAACACGCUCGGUUUUAAAACAAUAACUAACAAGGCUUUAGACAAAAAUGUUUGGUGUAUAGUUAUUCAACUCACACACUGUGAUACCAGGUGGCAGCUCGGGGUGGUUUAUCACUCCCCAAGCUCAAGUGAUGCGGAAUUUGUUACAUAUAUGGAGGAUAUCCUAGCAGAAAUCUCAGAAAAUUCUGUGAACACUGUUGUCAUUGGCGAUUUUAACAUAAACAUGAACGUAGUAUCAACCUACAGCAGAAAACUCAAUGAUGUUUUCUUGCAACAAGCCAUGCAACAGCUGAUAAAUUUUAAUACGAGGGUGACGGAACAUUCGGAAACACGUAUUGACUUGUUGUAUUCCAAUGAUAACCGAGUUAUAUGCCAAAAGGUCGAGGAUCAUAGAAUAUCUGACCACGAAACAAUAAUGUUUCGACUAAAUGUCAAUAAACUUAACCCACUUGCUAAGGAGGCAGAAGUAAUAUCCUGGGAGAGAUAUAACCCUGAGAACUUAACAAGUUUACUAAGGCAGUGCGAUUUCUCAAACUUAAAUUUUUUCGAUGCUGACGGUAUGGUGGAGUAUAUUACUCACUGCAUUAUGUGGGCCAUGAGGCAGUUGACUUACUCAAAAAUAACUCGCAUUAGGCAGAGGAACAAAUGGUAUGAUAGGCAAUUGACAGAGAUGAACAAGUAUAAAUCUAAAUCCCAUGAGAAAGCAGUGUUGUCAGGGUACUGGGGUGAAUAUAAUUUAGUGAGAAGCAGAUAUAAGAAAAUGGUAAGGUGUAAAAAAAUUAAAUACUUAGAGCAUAAGGUGGAAAUAAAUAAGGGUGACAGCCGACUCAUGUGGAAAUACUUAAAGGAGGUAGUCAAUAACACGGAGGUCAAAGAAAAUAUUGGGGAAGUGAUAAUAAAUAACACCAACUACGUAGACAGCUUUGAAAUUGCGGAAAACCUAAAUAAUUUUUUCGUGGACAGCAUUUUGGAAAUACAUACCAAUAUAGAGUGUGUAAACUAUGAUUCCUUCGAGCAACGAGCUCCCACAAGUACGCUAAAAUUUGAAGAGGUCUCAACGGAAGACAUUCUUCAAAUUACCAAAAAAUUUAAGCGGAAAAUUGGGGGAAACAACCUACUUUCUGAAGGUGUUAUUAAGGACUCUGCUGAUUAUAUGGGAUAUUUCUAUGCCCUACUUAUAAAUAAGAGUCUCCAGACAGGAUCAGUACCGGAAGAAUGGAAAAUUUCAUCAAUAGUGCCCGUCAAGAAAGUUAGAAAAACGGUUAAAGCUGAGGAGCUUAGGCCCAUCAAUACUCUCCCUAGCUUGGAAAAAAUGCUAGAAACCGUUGUGAAAAACCAGCUACAGUACUAUGUGGAAUCCAAUAAAAUACUCAUAAAAGAACAAUCUGGAUUCAGAGCCAAACAUUCCUGUGAGACUGCGCUGAAUCUGGUGCUUUCUCAAUGGAAAGAAGAUCUGAACAGACACCUUAAUGUAGUGGCAGUGUUUAUUGAUCUUAAAAGAGCAUUUGAAACCGUUGAUAGGGUCCGAAUGUUGGAUAAACUAAAAUACAUUGGUAUAAAAAACACUGAGCUUGACUGGUUUAGAAGCUUUCUGUGUAAUCGUAGGCAACAAACAAUAGUUAACUCAAAGAGGUCUAGUAAGAUAGCCGUAGACAUCGGAUUACCACAGGGCUCAGUUUUGGCGCCCCUACUCUUUAAUAUAUAUAUAAACGAUAUUAAAAGUUCUCUCAAACAUUGUAAAAUAAAACUCUUUGCGGAUGA